AUGGCUGGCACAGUCACUCUCGACAAGGCCUACUUUGAGACUCUACUGAGAAGGGCACAAUUUCAUACCGAUGGUGUCGAUUUUACUACGCCUGUAACUGUAACUACUGUCGCCAUACCCAAGGCCGACCUUGACAACCUCUUGAAGAUUUCUCGGGAGUAUGCAGCCAAUCUACGACGUAACCUCUUCCGAGGUGGCAUUGAACAAAAAAAAUUGGCAAUCUUGGUGAAAGACGACGCUACAGGCAAAGAAGAUAGCGGCACGAUCGAGACCGAUGACCCUACCGGUAGCGAUGCCUUUUACACUCAACAACCCGAAUCUACCGCGCCAGAGACAGAUGGAAACGGGCGAGACUAUACUUACGGAAGAAAUGCCGACUACAAUCCACGGGGUAGCUAUGGGCGCCGCCACAGUGGAACCAAAGGUUUUGGCAAUGUUUUCACAAAUGGCGUCAGCAGCGGCUACUACGACCACGAGAUCAACGACGAGCUCUCUUCGCCAGACGAACUCUUCGAUCCGAGUCCAAAUGAUUCCCAAAGUCGGAUCCCGCCCCCUAAGUUUGCCAAGUUUGCCAAGCGAACUGUCGUUCUAUCUAACCUUGCCGAGGGCACCACUCAUGCAGACGUCACCAAUGCUGUAAGAGGUGGGAUGCUGCUGGAUAUAUUUCUUCGAAGCAACGACCAUAGUGUCAGCGUCUCAUUCUUGGACGAGGAUGCUGCACAGGAGUUCUUUCGAUUUGUCAAGCGCCACGACUUGUACAUCCGGGGCAGGAGGGUCGAGAUUCGAUGGGGCGAGCGCCAGUUCAUUCUACCAGGCCAUGUUGCUAAUAAGAUAGGCAUCGGAGCUACCCGAAACCUCAUUAUCCAGAAUUGCAGCCCAAAGUUUACCGAAAAAAUGAUCCGAGAUGAUCUGGAGCAUAUCCACAACUUAGUUGUCAUCGACGUUGCUUUCCGAGGUCGAAAUUGCUACAUUUCCACGAACUCGGUUCACAAUUCGAUGUUUUCUCGUACUUGCAUGAUGAGUCGCGCUAUCUACAAGGGAUCCAAGAUCGAAUGGGGCCCCGAUGAAUGUGCAGCGCCGCUUGAGAGGCCCGUUCAGUUCCGCAAGCAACGUGAGCCCAGCCAGAAGAAGGAUAUUAAGCCAAUGAACCGCUUCCAACUUCUCAACUUGGACAGCGACGAAGAUGCUAGCUCUGUGCAAGAGGAUGAACUUGACGCUGGUAUCCAUUUGCCUUCGGGAAUUCUAUCCAAGGUUUAG